AUGGCGGCGGACGCCGGCCUCAGCAUCCAGCUGCUGCUGGAGGCUGCCGAGUUCCUGGAGCGGCGGGAGCGAGAAGCCGAGCAUGGUUAUGCCUCGCUGUUGCCCGGGAAGGACGGGGAGGCCCUGCGGCGCCGCGUCAAGGCCCGGAAGAGCGGCGGUGGUAGCAGGUCGACACACAACGAGAUGGAGAAGAACAGGCGUGCCCACCUGAGGCUGUGCCUGGAGAAGCUGAAGGUUCAGGUGCCCCUGGGAGGUGCCAGCAGCAAGCACACCACCCUCAGCCUGCUGACCAAGGCCAAGCUGCACAUCAAGAAGCUGGAGGACUAUGACAGGAGAGCUGUGCACCAGAAGGAGCAGCUGCUGAGGGAGCAGAGGCACCUGAGGAGGCAGCUGGAGAAGCUGGGCGUGGAGCGGCUCCGCACGGACAGCAUCGGCUCCAGCCUGUGCUCCGAGCGCUCCGACUCCGAGCGAGAAGAGAUGGAGGUGGAUGUGGAGAGCACAGAUGAUCUGCCAGCAGACCUGGACUGGAGCAGCAGCAGCAGCAGCAGCAGCCCCAGCGACUCGGACGAGCGAGGAAGCCUCCCCAGCGUCUGCAGCGACGAAGGUUACUCCAGCUCCAGCCUGGAGAGGUUGAAGCUGCAGAGCAAUCACAAACCUCCUCUGGGGCUAUAAGAAGCAGCUCCCAA